CCAUUUGGAUUCUACUCGGGAACUACAGACAGUAGUAACGGGUUAAACUACCACGAACCGGCCGUCGCCCUGAACAGUAUCCAGUUGGGACAAGACAAUCAGAACCAUGUGUGGUAAGGCGGAUAGGGCUACAUCUUUUACUGUGCAUCAUGGAAAUGGCAACCUGGAUAGCCUAAUCAGGAGACAGAUUACGCAUUAUGCAUAAACAUUACGGUAGGCUAGUCUAGUUUAGGCUACUACUAGUAUUGGAAUCUGACCUAAUUAUUAUGUAUGUUGUUGUAGGCUUUUUUAAACCAGUCUGUUCAGACAGUUUGUGUAUGUGCGUCACUGAAUGCGGAAUGAGGUGUCAUUCUUGUAGGCAAUUUACAUGUCAGUGUAGGGAUUUUUUAAAAUAUAUAUAAAUAUAAACCUUGAUUAAAUGUAAAUAUAAGUUGUAUUACAACUAGUAAUAAAAAUGGAGGUUAUUACAGUGUUCUGCUGCGGUCCUCAGUACCAUAUAUUGGUGGGACUCUGAUCCUUCCGCGAUAGAUUCCAUGCAUCCUGAAUAGGAUGUUGAGCUGCUACGUAGCCUAUGCUUAAAGAUGUAGGUGUCAUCCGAGUCGUUGGACUCUAGGCCUAUGCACAUUUCUGUUGCUGAAAUAUGAUUAUGCAUUAUCAUGCAAAUGUAGGAUUAUAUACUAUUUAAAUACUUUUAGUUUAAUAGUAAUAAUAACAAUUUUACCCCGAGGUGAGUAAUAUAAGCAAAGCUUUACAGCAGACACUAUAUCUAGGUCGACCAGUUUGCUCUUCUCGGCAACUCUUAGAAAAAAAGGUGCUAUCUAGAAUCUAAAAGGUUUCUUCGGCUGUCCCCAUAGGAGAACCCUUUGAAGAAGUAUCCCCUUUUCGUUCCAGAUAUAACUAUUUUGGGUUCCAAGGAUAACCCUUUCCACAGAAGGUGAGGGUUCUACCUGAAACCAAAAAGGGUUCUACCUAGAACCAGAAAGGGUUCUACCUGAAACCAGAAAGGGUUCUCCUAUGGGGACAGCCGAAAAACCCUUUUGGAACUCUUUUUACUAAGAGUGUACCUGGGUGAGGCGAACAUUGCGCAAUGUGCUCCGCUAAAUGGCCACCUUAAACCAACCUCCCUCCAUCGCAGCGCGCAGACUGGGAACUUUAAUUGCACACAUCACACAUCACGGACCCCCUUUGAGGCACUCUACAGAGCAUAAUGUGUUAUGUUUUUAUCAGAACCCCGGCAAUAUAGUGCACCAGUGGUUCCUAACCCUUUUCAGUUCCUAGUACCCCUGGUUGGGAACAACUGUAGUACACUGUAAUGGUUUGCUCAUUGAGACAGGCCCUUUACAUCCUAUUCAGACAGCACCAAAUAUUCUGUAAAUGCUACCAUUAUUUCCCCAGUUGGCUAGGGACUAAUUCAUUGAUAUACAAUUUUUUAAAUGAUAUUAUAAUUUCAUUUCACUUUUAUGCUGCCCCAGUUGGCUGGGGCGGCAGGUAGCUUAGUGGUUAAGAGCGUUGUGCCAGUAACUGAAAGGUUGCUGGUUCUAAUCCCCGAGCCAACUAGGUGAAAAAUCUGUCGAUGUGCCCUUGAGCAAGGCACUUAACCCUAAUUGCUCUGGAUAAGAGCGUCUGCUAAAUGACUAAAAUGUAAUGUCAGUAACCCAUCUGCAUAGGCCACUGUUUCCAGUAUAUUAUAGAGGAUUAUAUUCCCAAACACAGGAAGAGAGGAUUAUGAACUACAACAAACAAAUGUUGGGUUACUGAGUGACACUUUAUCCGUCUCUGUUCUCAACUUCUUACACUACUUUGCUGAGAGUUUUAUUCUAUAUUUGAAUAAAUACACUGUAAAACAUAUAUAGUACAAGCCUCCUCAACUCAUCAACUGUUUGCUGCACCAUAGCAACAGAAUAGGAUUUACACCCUUUGCAAACAGAAUAUAGGACGUAUUGUAACACGACUAUGGGAAAUGACAGCCCAAUCCCUAACUCAACAACCCAGUACCGAAUGUACAAUCUACAAUAGACCUACACACUGCUCAUUUCAGUAAAAUAACUGAUAAAAAGGCUCAAGUUGAAUAUGAAGAUCGAAUAACGAAAGGGAGGGUUAAAAAAACAGUGAAAAGACGAGAGCUGAUCUGUGUCUAUCUCUGUAUCUCUGUCUCUGUCUGUCUCUCUGUCUGUCUCUCUCUCUCUCUCUGUCUGUCUAUCUCUGUCUCGCUGUCUCUAUCUGUCUCUCUGUCUGUCUAUCUCUGUAUCGCUGUCUCUGUCUGUCUCUCUGUCUGUCUCUCUGUCUGUCUGCCUUUCUGUCUGUCUAUCUCUGUCUCGCUGUCUCUGUCUGUCUCUCUGUCUGUCUAUCUCUGUCUCGCUGUCUCUGUCUGUCUCUCUGUCUGUCUAUCUCUGUCUCGCUGUCUCUGUCUGUCUCUCUGUCUCUCUAUCUGUCUCUCUGUCUGUCUAUCUCUGUCUCUGUCUGUCUCGCUGUCUGUCUGUCUCGCUGUCUAUCUGUCUCUCUGUCUGUCUAUCUCUGUCUCGCUGUCUCUGUCUGUCUCUCUAUCUCUCUGUCUGUCUCUCUGUCUCUGUCUGUCUCGCUGUCUGUCUGUCUCGCUGUCUAUCUGUCUCUCUGUCUCUGUCUGUCUCUCUGUCUGUCUGUCUCUCUGUCUGUCUAUCUCUGUCUCGCUGUCUCUGUCUGUCUCUCUGUCUGUCUAUCUCUGUCUCGCUGUCUCUGUCUGUCUCUCUGUCUCUCUGUCUGUCUCUCUGUCUGUCUAUCUCUGUCUCUGUCUGUCUCGCUGUCUGUCUGUCUCGCUGUCUAUCUGUCUCUCUGUCUGUCUAUCUCUGUCUCGCUGUCUCUAUCUGUCUCUCUCUCUGUCUGUCUAUCUCUGUCUCGCUGCCUCUGUCUGUCUCUCUGUCUCUCUGUCUGUCUCUCUGUCUGUCUAUCUCUCUCUGUCUCUGUCUGUCUCGCUGUCUGUCUGUCUCGCUGUCUAUCUGUCUCUGUCUGUCUAUCUGUCUGUCUGUCUGUCUGUGUGUCUGUGUCUGUGUCUGUGACUGUCUCUCUCUCUCUCUCUCUCUCUCCUCUCUCUCUCCUCUCCUCUCUCUCUCUCUCUCCUCUCUCUCUCUCUCUCUCUCUCUCUCUCUCUCUCUCUCUCUCUCUCUCACUUGGCCUCAUUGCAGGGAUCUUUGCCUACCUCAAUUACUGUGUGCCUCGCACCAGAAAGGAGAUAUUUGAGACGCUGGUGAAGGGACUGCAGAGGCUGGAGUACAGAGGCUAUGAUUCAGCAGGUAAAUAAAUAAAUAAAUAUGUUUUAUUUUCGCAUACACCAGAUAGGUGCAGUGAAAUGUGUUGUUUUACAGGGUCCGCCAUAGUAGUACAGCACCCCUAAAGAAAAUUAGGGUUAAGUGCCUUGCUCAAGGGCACAUCGACAGAUCUUUCACCCUGAACACACACACACACACACACUCUACUAAUGUAUCCAGUCUUACUGUGUAACUAUACAGACAGUGUUAUGGCACAACUCAACUAUGACUAAUCAUAGUAAAUCACUGUUACAUCAUAAAACCCAAGGACUACUGAUUUCUGCUCUUUGUGCUUCGGGCCGGUUAGACCGUAUUGGUGCAUGCUCUGUGUGGUCAUACUGAAGCUAUGGUAUCUAAUCACUUACAAGGCAGCUGAGUGCUGCCAGUUACUGUCAAUUAUAGAUCAUCCUGAUGAGUGCAUUGUAGAUCUAGGUCCAGGAAUCAGGGCUAUGUUGACAGACAGACAGGACAGGUACGAUUAGGUGAGUUGUGCACAUCUGAUUACAUGCUUCAUAUGAAACUGGGUGUGGGCACUCCAUCUAGCUGUAAUACCUUAUUACUUCCACUAUCUGAUCUUAGCUACAGCUAGGGGUUGAUUUGGGACAGGGCAUCGGUCAGCAACGUUCAGAUAAGUCUGAUGAGUUGAACUUAUAACAGAGAAGGUGGUAGUAGUAGAGAGCCCUCAUGUGAGGAGAGAAUCUGUAGCCUUUAAUCCUGUUCUGAGCCUCACCGUACACCAAUGAUAUCUGCCUCACUGGUAUUUAUUAUUGCUUUGACAUUCCUCCAAUGGCAUAUUCCAGAGUCCACAGACACGCAUGAACACUCCCCCCCCCCCCCCCCCCCCCCCCCCCCCCCCCCCCCAUAUUUGUUUAUCAUGGAACACAUAUGCCCUUUCAUGGCCGGUAAAACCCAUAUGCUGCACACACACACUCAUUACCUGUCAUUCUAUUUGAGCUCGUUAAAAUUCACAGGGGUUCCACAGUAAUCAGCUGGUUGAUAUUCACAGGGGUUCCACAAUAAUCAGCUCUUUGCUCUAAAUUAACAACUUAACUCUUCCCUGAAUUAUCUCAGGGAAGAUAAUUAAAUCACAUUAAAAGGUUUUAAAUGGAUUAGGAUUUGGAGUCUUUCAAACAAGCUUUCACAUUGUCAUGACUACUGUCUCAGUUCUCAAGUUGACCUGAUUCAUUGAUUAGCCUUGCAGCGUACUAGCCAGCUAAUAUAGACUGCAGUGAUGAUGAUUGGUUUAUGGUUGGUAUUGGUUUACAUUUGCCUCAUUAGUUUUUCUGGUUUUUCUGGUUUCAGGCAUCGCUGUGGACGGCAACAAGAAGACGACAGCAGAAGACAACAGCAACAUUGUUCUCAUAAAGAAGAAAGGCAAGGUCAAGGCCCUGGAUGAAGAGCUCUACAGUAGGUUUCAAACUACCUGCAUCCAUCACAUUCCUUUUCUCCAGUGUCAGUAUUAUGUGUUUACAAAGUAUUCUAUAGUCUGUAGCUCUCUUUCUUCUUGGUAACUCCUGUCUUCUGUCCUUCUGCCUAAGGACCCUUUCAGUUCACUUCCCUCCUUCUUUGCCAUAACCAAUACCUCUCUAAUGAAAGAGGCGACAGUGUAGGGUUAUGGUAAGGGUAGCCUCUGCCGAGUCCUCAAGAACCGGAUGUUCCGGUUUUCAGGGGAAAUGAAAAGAGAUUAUGUGACGCGACUUCCGUUUUUAGACGUUAACAAGGCGACACCACAGAGUUUCUAAACCUAAGGACUAUACUGUCUUUGGCGAUACUCCAUCUUAACUCCUCGUCCUCAUUUACUGGAUUGGUUGAAUAGUGCAGAAGAGAACCUCCCCAGACAGUUUUUUUUCUUCUCGUCAAGACCAGUAUAUAAGGGGAUCUAGUUUCAGGCGUUUCUUUCACACCUACUACGUUAGGUUAUGCUAAGGGUUUAUGGUAAGACUUCUGAGCUGAAUUACACUUCCGUAGUCCUCUGUCAGCUUCACCCUUUAUCACAGUGCUUUAUAAUGUACCUUUAUUGACCGAUGCAAUGUCGCUCCCUUUCAUGUUACUGAUCAGUCAUUGACAUAUAUAUAAUAUCACAUGCUCAUGGCAUCGAUCAGUUCUUGAUGUGUCUUGUGAGCAGAGAAAGACGGCAUGGAUCUGGAGGCGGAGUUGGACACACAUUUUGGCAUCGCUCACACACGCUGGGCUACCCACGGUGAACCCAGUGCCCUCAACUGUCAUCCCCACCGCUCCGACAAGAACAACGGUAACACACACUACACACACUACACACAUACGCACACAUGCCAUACAUACAUACACCCACCCACUGCUCUGCCACAUAGGUUUCUGGAAUGGAGGUGAGCUAGCUUUUUUUCUGGUUACUGAUUGUCCAGAGAUGUCACUGUGUAGUUACCGGUACACCUCACAGACUGUGACCAGCCCACCACCUCUGUGACCAGGCCCUGCCUCCCCUUCACCGUCUCUAUUGUAGGGAGGGUCUAGAGGAGCUUGUCUCUUAUACAGGGAGGCCUCAGUGAAAGGAGUAAUUAUACACAUCCAGACAUAGUACAUGAGAUACGCCAGACAGACAGAGGACAGACAGACAGACAGACAGAGGCCAGACGGACAGACAGAGGCCAGACGGACAGACAGAGGCCAGACGGACAGACAGAGGCAGGCCAGACGGACAGACGGACAGAGGCAGGCCGGACAGAGGCAGGCCAGACAGAGGCAGGCCAGACAGAGGCAGGCCAGACGGCCAGACAGACAGACAGGUUCUACUUGAGUUGACCAAAGCCAUGUCCUUCCUCAGGCACUCAUUAUCAUAUUAAAUAUGUUUUGGACAGUAUCUUCACUGUAUUCUCUCUCUGUCUCUCUUUUCCCCAGAGUUUGUUGUCAUCCACAAUGGCAUCAUCACCAACUACAAAGAGUUAAAGAAGUACCUGGUAAGUCCUACCCUACCUCUCCAGUCCCCCGUCUGUGUUUCUGUAGUUUCACUCUAUUUCAGUAUAAAUGACUCCACCAUAAACUUCAGCCUGUUUUGGGUCACACCCUUGGUUAAGGUCCGAGAUAUGAUCAGAAGUGUUAUAGGGUUUCAAACAUUCUGUCAUGCAAAGCUUUGCCUUUGACAAUCUUAGGCCUGGGUCCUUUGUGUAGGGCUUUUUGACUGUUGCACUAUUCUAUACAAAUGCAAGUGAAUUGAAAUGGAAUUGACAAAGUGGCAAUGGGCAAUGUUUGCUUUAGGCAGAAGUCAUACAUAGGCUAUGUAGAAAUCCUACAACGUAUUUGUUCAGUUACCCUCUAUAUUGUGGACUUCACAGCGUGAGCAGCGCAAGUGAUUUAAAUAAGGAAGGGAGUUCGUAAAAUCUAAAUAGUUUUCAAUAUAAACUUUCUAUGCCCAAACUCAGAAUCACUUGGGCUCUCCAAAAAUAAUAUGGUUGCUGUGAUAGAACAUUUAUUUUGAUUGGCGAUUCUCUCUCUUGCCUCGAUUUUAACGCACACCCCUUUCAAGUCCCACUUUCUCAUAGUCGUGUGAUUCACUCAGAAUUUGAAUUGAUUGUGAUGUCACUCAGGUUAGGCCUAGAUAGACCUCUACUGGUAUUACUAGUUACCACUCCUUAUUAAUGUGGUAUAGAAUGUUGUUACCCAUCCCAUUGCAACUACACUGAGUAUAAAAAACAUUAAGAACUCUUUCCAUGAUAUCCAAUCCAAUCAAAUCAAAUUGUAUUUGUCACAUGCGCUGAAUACAACAGGUGAAUACAACCUUACAGUGAAAUGCUUACUUACAAACCCUUAACCAACAAUGCAGUUUUAAGAAAAAUAAGUGUUAAGUAAAAAAUAUAAAUAACAAAUAAUGAAAGAGCAGCAGUAAAAUAACAGUAGCGAGGCUAUAUACAGGGGGUACCGACACAGAGUCAAUGUGCAGGGGUACAGGUUAGUCGAGGUAAUUGAGGUAAUGUGUACAUGUAGUUAGAGUUAAAGUGACUAUGCAUAGAUAAUAAACAGAGAGUAGCAGCAUUGUAAAAGAGAGGGUGGGGACAAUGCAAAUAGUCCACUUAACCCUACCCAUGCCCAUGCCAAAUCUUUACCAGGUGAAAGCUAUGAUCCCUUAUUGAUGUCACUUACAAUAAAACAUCAACCUGCGAAAGUUGCUGGGAAAGUAGCGCUGUUUCUGCCCCAGCCUUGACUGUACUAUACAUGCUGUAAACUACAAAGGGAGAAGCCAAAUUCUGAACCAUGCCCUUCUUAAGGAAGUACUUUGAUGUUGUUUACCCCGUUCUUUUCCCCCAUUUGACCAUAUCUCAGCUAUUACCAAUGUUAUCAGUAAUUAUUAGCAAUUAAUUUAUCAUAAGCAGUUGAUAUGCUAUGACAGUUAGUCAAUAUGGUAUGUACUAAUUCAUUUUGUAUCUGUGUUCUGUCUCACUGGUUUCUUGUGGCAGGUGAAGUCUCAAUAUGUACUAAAAUACACUGAGUAUACAAAACAGCUCUUUCCAUGACAUAGACUGACCAAGUGAAUCCGGGUGAAAGCUAUGAUCCCUUAUUUAUGUCACUUGUUAAAUCCACUUCAAUCAGUGUAGAUGAAGGGGAGGAGACCGGUUAAAGAAGGAUUUUUAAGCCUUGAGACAAUUGAGACAUGGAUUGUGUAUGUGUGCCAUUCAGAGGAUGAAUGGGCAAGACAAAAUGUUUAAGUGCCUUUGAACGGGGUAUGGUAGUAGGUGCCAGUUGCACCGGUUUGUGUCAAGAACUCCAACGCUGCUGGGUUUUUCACGCUCAACAGAGGAGUUGUUAGUUUAGUCUAGAGGAGUUGUGAUGCUAGAGGAGUUGUUAUGCUAGAGGAUUUGUUAUGCUAGAGGAGUUGUGAUGCUAGAGGAGUUGUUAUGCUCGAGGAGUUGUUAGUUUAGAGGAGUUGUUAUGCUAGAGGAUUUGUUAUGCUAGAGGAUUUGUUAUGCUAGAGGAUUUGUUAUGCUAGAGGAGUUGUGAUGCUAGAGGAGUUGUGAUGCUAGAGGAGUUGUGAUGUUGGAGGAGUUGUGAUGCUAGAGGAGUUGUUAUGCUAGAGGAGUUGUUAUGCUAGAGGAGUUGUUAUGCUAGAGGAGUUGUUAUGCUAGAGGAGUUGUUAUGCUAGAGGAGUUGUUAGUCUAGAGGAGUUGUUAAUCUAGAGGAGUUGUUAAUCUAGAGGAGUUGUUAUGCUAGAGGAGUUGUUAUGCUAGAGGAGUUGUUAUGCUAGAGGAGUUGUUAUGCUAGAGGAGUUGUUAUGCUAGAGGAGUUGUUAUGCUAGCUAAAGGAACAUCUGGGAGUGCUGCUUCAGUAAGCUUGUAACAUUCAUUCUGAUCCCCACCCUCUUUCAGAACUCCAAGGGCUACGAGUUUGAGUCAGAGACGGACACAGAGGUCAUCCCUAAACUGAUAAAAUAUGUUUACGACAACCGUGAGAGAGACGACUUGUCCUUCUCUACGCUGGUGGAGCGGGUCAUUCAACAGCUGGUGAGUACUGGGACACCUCAACACUGUACCAAUAUGUUAUUACUAUGGUACUACUAAGUAAGGUACUUCUGUUACUACUACUGCUACUACUACUGUUGCUGCUACUACUAUUACUACUGCUACUACUACUACUGCUACUACUACUAUUAUUAAUACUACUGCUACUACUACUAUUACUACUACUAUUACUACUGCUGCUACUACUACUGCUGCUACUACUACAACUACUACUGCUAUUACUACUACUACUACUAUUACUACUAAACAAAACAAUUAAUUGCUUGACAAAAUAACAAUAACCCCCUUAGAUUCCAUCUGGCGCUAUGAUGAAUGCCAGUUUUAAAACAGCAUUGUAAGAUGGGGAUGUUUUUAACAACAGCAGAGCAACAAUCUCCCCCAGUUCCUCUCGAUGAUGUCAUCAUACCAUACCCCUGUCCCGUAGUUCUAUGUCAAAGAGGGGGUCAUUGAGUCCAAUCUGGCCUAAAAUUUGACCCCCUCCCAUCUUUCUCUGUUCAGCCCAGUAUGACGUUACUUCACUUUCCAUCCCAUUAAUAGUGUUACAUCAUCACCAAAACAGUCAUCAUGGUAACCGCCCUAACAACAUCUUUAGUGACAUCACAUCUGUAUCUGGAGACCAGGAGCGAGACAGACUAACUUACUUUUUCACCAACUAGAUUGUCCAGUCAUUUUCUCUCUCUUUCUCUCUGUCUCGCUCAGUUCUUAACACACUCUUUUGUGUUUAAUGUUGUUGAGUUUUGUCUUAUUGGAGCCCGUCCCAGCUCAUGCCCAUCUCCCCUCUCCCUGGCUCAUCUCAGCCCCAUCUCCCCUCUCCCUGGCUCAUCUCAGCCCCAUCUCCCCUCUCCCUGGCUCAUCUCAGCCCCCUCUCCCCUCUUCCCUGGCUAUUCAGCCCCAUUUCCCUCUCCCUGGCGUAUCUCAGCCACAUCUCCCCCUCCCUGGCCUCAUCUCCGCCCCAUCUCCCAUUUACUUACAUUUUAGUCCCCUCUCCCUGGCUCAUAUCAGCCCCAUCUCCCCUCUCCCUGGCUCAUCUCAGCCCCAUCUCCCCUCUCCCUGGCUCAUCUCAGCCCCAUCUCCCCUCUCCCUGGCUCCCUGUAAAAGCUCAGAGUAGCUUACAGCUUCACAGGGUUUGGGCUAAUAGAAACCAGACCAGAGCACACCCCUUACAGUCUAAAGACCACUGCCUCCCAUCUCUUUCUCCUCCUCCUCCUCCUCCAUCUCCCUCUCCCCCUCCUCUCCCCUCUCUCCGCCGUCUCCCACUCCUCUCCCCUCUCUCCUCCGUCUCCCUCUCCCCUCUCCCUCUUCUCUCCCCUCUCUCCUCCAUCUCCUUCUCCCCACUCCUCCCACUCCUUUCCCCUCUAUCUCCCCCCGCUGGUUUUAUACAAUAAGGGUCUUAUUCCCCCUUAGCUUCCCUAAACAUCCCCCAUCCCUCCCUCCCUCACACCCCCACUACUACACAGAUUAAAAGACUAUCCAAAAACAGACAGGGAAUUUUUAUGUUGCUUUUUAAGCUCGCUGUCUGUCUGUUCGACUUCUACAUUUUCCUCCCAUGUAUUUAGUCUUUUUACAAUUCCUUCUCAUCUUCAUCCUUCUUCUCCUCUGGCAUCAUCUUCAUCAUCAUCAUCAUGGACGCUAACAUAUUCUCUCCUCUUUGGCAUCCUGUUUUAGGAGGGGGCCUUCGCUCUGGUGUUCAAAAGCCAUCAUUUCCCCGGAGAAGCUGUAGCCACCAGGUCAGUAUCCACUUCCACUCACCCACACGUUUCGGUCUGUCUGACUAACGUAUGAACACAUGAUAGAAAAAAUGAUCAAGACCCAUUGGCAUUGACUCAUCGUCUAUUGCCAUAAUAAAUCAAUAAAACCUGACUAUAUAUAGCCAUAUAUUGAUCUUCAGAUUGUGUGUCUCUACCUACGUCUAUUCCAUCUAUUCCAUGGGUCACGUAUGAUGACUGGAAGUUGGAACAGUCAGGGUUUACAGGAAAGGGGUGGACGUGUGUGUGAGCGGUUAAGAGCGUUGGGCCAGUAACCGAAAGGUCGGUGGUUUGAAUCCCCGAGCCAACUAGGUGAAAAAUCUGUCCUUGAUGUGCCCUUGAGCAAGGCACUUAAUGCUAAUUGCUCCUGUAAUAUGCUCUGGAUAAGAGCAUCUGCUAAAUGACUGAAAUGUAAAUGUUAGUUUGUGUGCCUCAUGCAUACUUGUGUGUGUGGUACUGUAUAGAGAAGCAGUGUGACUUUGAGACCCAGACAGGGGGAGAAAGAGAGGAGUGUGGUCCAGGUUCAGUCACUCCUUACAGGGCCUCUCUAAGGCUGGCUGCUGGCCUCCUGCCUGGCUCUACUCUACUCUCUGUGACUCAUUAAAGGAAGGCUCUGCUCUGUUUCCUCUUGCUUCUCAGGGAAAAAACCCUGGCCAGCACCUAUCACACUCAAUCACCUCUGAUCUCUUGAUUUCUCUCUUGAUUUCUUCAAUUUUUUCUCUCUGUUUCCUUGUUGGUAGACUGAGGGAAAGAGGGUGAGGCGAGGGCUGUUGUUGACCUAUGGUUUAUAGUACACAGUAAAGAGGAUGGUUGGUUGGUGCUGUUGCCAGCAGACUAAUAUACUGGCCAGGGUUCAGUUAGUACACCUGUUGUUGCUCCACCUGGAUACAGUGGGUUUGACUGAAUAAUACAACUCUCUCUCCCUUUCUCUCUGUCUCUGUCUCUCUGUCUCUUUCUCUCUGAUAGUUACCUGCUGUUUUUAGCUUAGCCUAGUCUUGGGAGUCAGAGACUGAGCUGUUAGGUGUGUCUCCCAGGGUAGAGAGAGAAAUGGAGGGAUGGAAGUGAUUAAGUAGUGAUGCUAGCCCCUGCUCCCUCUCUUUUUGGCAGAACUAUCAGCCCUCCAGCAAGGCUCGCCUGAGAAUCUCUCUCUCUCUCUCUCUCUCUCUCUCUCUCUCUCUCUCUCUCUCUCUCUCUCUCUCUCUCUCUCUCUCUCUCUCUCUCUCUCUCUCUCUCUCUCUCUCUCUCUCUCUCUCUCUCUCUCUCUCUCUCUCUCUCUCUCUCUCUCUCUCUCUCUCUCUCUCUCUCUCUCUCUCUCUCUCGAUGAAUAAUGUAUAGUGCUAUUUCUUCUGUUGUUUUUUUAUGACCAUUUUCAUUCUUUUAUUUAACUUAGUCCUGCAUGUUGAAGCUUGGAGCCUAAGACUUUCACUGUACCCUGCAAUCACACCUGCAACCCUGUACAUGUGACUAUUACAGUUUUUCUCGAUUGCUAAGACACAUUUCUUUCUCUUAACUGUGAACACAAAACCCAAUUUUCAAGCUACAUUCACAAAACCUCAGACUCUUCUUGCAAAACCAAACUUUCACCUCAAAACAGUUCAAUCUGUGCUCAAAACUGAACUAUGUUGUGAAAUCGUGCCCCGAGUCAAUCAAAAUUAAAAACACUACUGAACAGUCACUAAACACUACGUAGAAAAAUAGAAAACACAAUGCUCAGGACAUGAAGCUGGAGAAAUAAAUGUUUAUUGUUCACUGUAGGCUAAAUGCAUGUUGCAAAACAAAAAAAAACUGUGCAUUUAGCACUUGUACAAAAAGACAAAACAGAAAUCUUGUGCAUUUACAUGUAGCACUUGUAAAAACAAACAGAAAUCUUAUGCGUUUGCCACUUGUGUACAGUAAGCCCAUGUAAAAAGAAAGUACAAAAAUAUAAAAAUAAGUGCAUUACUCAGCCACAGCAUCAUGUCUCCGUACUGGGUCAGGCCACAGGACUUCAUCCACAUCACAGGCCACAUUUUGUCUGGCCAGGCAACGGGGGAAAAAACCCCUGGCAUGCCGUAUCCAGGCUUGGCAUGCCUCCACACCUAUGUCACCACAGGCAAGUCCCAUGGCUUGCAGGAGAUUUACCCUGGUGUAAGGUUGGCGUUCAUAUACCUUCCACCGCCAUGAGGAGAAUAAUUCCUCAAUGGGGUUUAGGAAAGGGGAGUACGGUGGAAGGCAAAGAUUGAUAAAACCUUGGUUCAUAUUGUACCACUCUCUAACCUGGAGGGCUCUGUGAAAACUCACAUUGUCCCAAACAUCAACAUAGAUGGGAUGCUCAUCCUGCUGCCCUAACAAAGCAUCUCGCAUGUGAUUGAGGAAAAUGAGGAGCUGGUGAGUGUUGUAGGGCCCCAGGUUGGCAUGAUGGUGGACAACCCCAUGAUUGCUGAUGGCAGCACAUAAUGUGACAUUGCCACCACGCUGCCCAGGAACACCAAUCACAUUACGGCCUCUCCUUCUCCUUUUGGUGAGAUUAAACCCAGCUUCAUCCAUGUAGAUGUAUUGAUGGGGUCUUUCCAUUGCAUCCAGUUGAAAAACCCUCUGUAGAAAUAGAUAUAGUUUUGUAAGUGAUAUGGAAAAAGUGAUUUAGGCCACUACAGUAAAUCACUACUUAGAGUAAUCAACAUUGAAUGUGUCUGGAUAUAUGCCAACCUGUACAUACUGGAAUCUUUGCUCUUUGACUCUGUCUGAGUUGCGAUCAAAGGGCACUCUGUAUAGCUGUUUCAUGCGCAGUCUGUUGCGCUUGAGGACACGAUCAACAGUAGAGAGGCUGACACUGUUGAUACCCUCAAAAUUGUAAUGGUCCUCAAUGAUCUUCUGCUGAAUUUCGCUCAGUUUAAUGGCAUUGUUCUCACGGACCAUAUCAACAAUUAGGGUCUCUUGGUGUGGGGAGAACAUACCUGUCCUCCCACCCCCAUGUGGCAGUCUUUCAAUUCUACAAAAAGAGAACAUGGAGUUACAAAAAAUAUACAUGGAAUACUAGGCCUACAAACAGUUAGACCAACCCUCCAUUACAAUACUACAGUACAUUGGUACAGUGAUGUACUGAAACAUAUAUUUACUUACAGUAUACUGUGGUACAGUAUAUAGUAUGUCAUACAGUAAUUGCUGUCAACAUUUACAUACUGUACUAUAAUGUCAAAAAAAGGUAAUUACCUGUUCUUUUCUCUAAAUCUUCGGAUUAUGGUGGACACAGUGAAUCUACUGAUGUUUGGUUGUACCCUUUGUCCAGCCUCCCUCAUGCUCAUACCAUGGACAAGAACAUGGUCAAUCACAGUAGCUCUGAUUUCAUCAGAUAUUACUGUUCUUUGUCUUCGCUGACCACCUCGACCACCUCGACCACCUCGACCUCCUCUCACACGAACUCUUCCUCUCAGAUUUCUAUCCAUUGUAGGGCCUCACAAACCAGUGCUCUCUGAACUGGCUUACUGUAUAUGUUCCCUCACAUCAUUAGCCACAAGUGUGAUCAAUUUUGAGUUGUUGUGUUCAAGUGGUGACACCUGUGCUCUAAUUGUGUUUGACUUUUGUCACCUGUGCUCACCAUUAUGCAGCACGGGUGCAUCACAAUGAAAAUGUGUUGGCAAGUUAUGUCUAAACAGGUGAAAAGUGCUUAUGGUUUUGCCAAAAGAGUGAUUGAUUCAAUCAGUGGGUUCAGGCAACUGAGCAUUUGGUUCAGACAAUAGGGUUUAGUGUUUUAGCAAUUGAGAAAAACUGUAAACACUGUACCCUGCAAUCACACCUGCAACCCUGUACAUGUGACUAUUAAACACUGUACCCUGCAAUCACACCUGCAACCCUGUACAUGUGACUAUUAAGCGCUGUACCCUGCAACCCUGUACAUGUGACUUAAACACUGUGAAUCUGAAAAAGAACAGCACAGCAGCCUGCCUUUCUGCUUGACGUCACUCUGCCCCAGCUUACAGCUCCCAGCCCCACAUACAGGGCUGACAGAGAAGAGAGGGAUGCAGUAAACAGAGGGAAAGAAAAUAGUGUAAUUGAGAAACGUUGCUGUUUUCUUUGAGCCUCAGGUGGGUAUUACCCCAGCCAGGUGUAAGCUGUCAAGCACUACAAUGCUACAUACAUAGGUGUAAUUGAGAUGUAGAUAUUUAUCAGGUGCUUUGUGUACAGUACACUCCGUCAUAGGUCCUACUUGAUCUAUAUGCAGGUUAGGUUUGCCAAGCCAUCUCUCCUCACCAGUUAUGGACACUUACAUCUACACCUGCAUCAGCCAAUCAGAGAAGCACACAUGGCGUACUGGAGACAGAAUGCAUGGCUGAUGAGCUAGAAACAUGAGCAGGAACUGACGCAACCACCUGUAGGGGAGAGGGUGGACAAGGAGCAAGAACGUGCUAGAAAAGAUCAGAGACAUAGAUUAAAGGAAGGAGGGAGGGAGGGAGGGAGGGAGGGAGAGAGGGAUGGAGGGAGGGAGGGAGGGAGGCUGGCAAAGAGAAAGUAAGAGAUAGUAUGACGAGAGAGAGACACACAGGGGAGAAAAAGGAGAGAGAGAGCGAGGAGUGCUCCAGGUACUUCAUUAUUGUGUAGUGAACAAUGGGAGUCAUUCAAAGGUAACACUCGGGAGAAAGAGUUCAGCUGAGGUGUGGAGACCAAUCCCAGCUCAUAUUCCCCUGCUGAGGGAAAUAUUACAGUCACAAGAAAUGUAUUAAGACAUUACACUGUGUGUGCGCACGUGUGUGUGUAAGUGUGUGUUUGUGUUCUCUCACACAGAUAGAAAUCUAACCAUUUCUCCCCUUCUACCCCCUCUGUCUUUCUCAAUCUCUUUCCCAUUCAUCCCCAUCCCUCUAUCCAUCCCCCCUUUCUCUCUCUCCUUCAGGAGAGGAAGUCCUCUGCUCAUUGGUGUGCGGAGCAAGUAUGAGCUGUCUGCAGAGCACAUCCCAAUCCAGUACAACAGUGGUGAGCUCUGUUCCUCUCUCUCAACCCUCCUCUCUGUCUGACAUUCUCACUUUACAGUGUUCUUAAACCUCUGUCUGCCCACUGUUCUCACAGAAACCUGACUGGGUUAGUUAACGCAUCUCAACACGUUCUGGAACAUAAUAUUCAUGGACCGAUCUCUGACUUGAGAUACGAGUGCAUAACUCGAACAAACGCAUAAAUCAUGCAUUGAUAUUAAUGAGGUUUGCAUGAAAAGUGAAGUUAUGUCUGUAUCUCAAGUCAUGAUUCAGGUAAAUAGGAGUAAACCCAUGAAUAACAAACUAACCAACCUAAUCAUUCAAUUAACUAACUGUGUCCUAACCCGAACAGUAGCAGUACUUACUGUGAGCAGUAUCUGUGUCCUGACCCUAACAGUAGCAGUACUUACCAUCUGGUCCAGACUAAUGAUAACCCUCUUGUGUGUGAUAACAUGUAAUCAUCUAAGACUAACCCUAACCCUGUCCUAUCCGUAGCGCCGUACUACUCUGUCCUGAGGGACUGUGCAGUCACCCCAGUGUUUACAGCACGACAGGGGGCUGCUGAGCCCGUAGGUGCGCUAACUACCCAAUACACACGUGGGUGUUGUGGGUUUUGACCUCUGAUUGGACGUUAAGAUUGAACCACCUCAUAAGAGUUGCAUGACUAACAACAAUCAGAUUCUCUUUAAUCAGACAAAUGUCUCCAAUGAUUCGAAUGUUAAAUGAUUGUCUACUAGUGCAAAGAUUAUGCAGAAUCACAAAAAUGAUGGUUGAGAAAUGAGACUCUUGCUUCUUGUGGAAAUGCUGCCAAUACUGUGUUGAACCUCUAUGGGUUAUUAUAGGUUAACAUCAUGAUCACACUCAGUGGAAAGUAGUGUCAGGUUAAUAACAUAACAUUGCAAUAUAACAUUCUGACUCUAAAGUUCCCUUUCUUCUAAUGAAUAGGGUGCUGAAUCCUCAUCCAGUAACUAUUACUUAUAAACAAUGAGUAGGAUAGCACUCUCCAAAUGAUAGAUUUCAAAGAUUAUCUUGACAUGUGUGUCAUAAUAAAUCUGCUCCUUACCUACUCAUUGGCCAGUUAAUAACAGUUGGUUAUGUUCUCUCUGUGUGCGUCAACUAUCUAGAGAACACCCUGUAGAUUUAUUCACUGUCUUCACCCUGCUAUAUGUUUACUUAGCUAAGCUCCGAUUUAUUAGUGAUGUAUCCUGCUGGAAACAUUUUGUGGGGCGGGUCCGAAGUCUGAGGCCCAAUGAAAGGAACGAGGAAGAGUAGGAGGUUAAUGGGGUGCAUCUCAACGCUAUAAAGUGGCUUCCUCCUCUAUGCUCCUUUCCCUCAUCUCCGCUCAUCUAAAAACACAGGAUAGGUGAAAGCAACAUAGUGGAUGGAAAUGUGUUUUCACCUGUCGCGUGCAGAUGAAGGAAAGAAACAAGGAGACAAGGAGAUGUCACUUAUCGCUAUCAGGGACUAAUACUCCUGUAACUGUGACAAAGGGCAAAGGUCACUGUGUGUGAGUCACCUCAUAAAUACCAUGUGACAAAUCAAUACAGAUUGCAAAUUGAACCUUCACCUCCACCUGGUGAAGCAAUGUAACCAUAUGAUUAGCAUGUUUAUUGAUGGUCAAAGGACCCUUGACUCCUCUCUGUUGUCUGUCAAUCACGAUCAUGAACUCUAAUCCCACCUGUCUUGUUUUGGUUGAAAUCAUUGGGUUGUUGAUUCAAUCCCUCUCUGUUUAUUAUUCACUGUUCACACUUGCAAUCUUUAGUUUGCAGCACUUUACUUGAACCCUCCACCUUGAAGGCUAAGUAGCCACCAUCAUGAUCAUGACAUACAGUAUAAGCAGUUAUAAGCAUGUCACAAGCAGUCACUAAUUAAUGACAACUGACUUAAAACAGUCUAGGUGAAAGUUCAAGUAAAGCAGGAAGUGUUGAUUUCCCUGACCCAGUCUGAACCAUGACCCCUAACCCCUGCCCUCUAACCCCUGCCCUCUGUCCUGUAGAUCUGUUCAAGGAGGGGGUCCAGGAGAAAAACAGCCACAACCGGCCAGACAACUCCACUGCUGUGAAUUCAGCUGGAGACGGCAAGGCUGUGGAGUACUACUUUGCCUCUGACGCCAGGUGAGCUGAAAGCCCUAGGUGUGUGUGUGUGUGUGUGCAUGCAUGCUUGUGUUUUUGUGCUUGUCUCAUGCUCCCUCCUCUUCCUCCUCCUCCUUCUUCUGUCCCUGCCCAGUGCCAUCAUAGAGCACACCAACAAGGUGAUCUACCUGGAGGAUGAUGACAUAGUAGCAGUGGUCGGGGGCAAGUUGUCCCUCCAUAGGCUGAACAGCCUGGCAGGGGAGGAUUCAGUCCGGGCCAUCCAGACCCUCCAGAUGGAACUACAGGAGAUUAUGAAAGGUCAGAGGUUAGAGAUCCUAGUGCUCAUCGCCAUGGCAACCUAGGAGUUUACUAGGAGUAGGAUAGAGUGUCCCAGGCCCUACACACUAAUGUAAGGUCCGUUUUGUGCCAGGUUAGGAUUUGAGGAGGGUAGGCAAAGCCUCAUUCUAGAUAUGUGUGCCUAAGGGUAACAAAAAACUGGAGUGGUCAAUACCAAUACACCUUCCCAUUCACACAGCGGUCAUAUACCUGGAGCUGGUCAAUACCAAUACACCUUCCCAUUCAAACAGAGGUCAUAUACCUGGAACCGGUCAAUACCAAUACACUUUCCCAUUCACACAGCGGUCAUAUGCCUGGAGCUGGUCAAUACCAAUACACCUUCCCAUUCACACAGCGGUCAUAUACCUGGAACUGGUCAAUACCAAUACACCUUCCCAUUCAAACAGAGGUCAUAUACCUGGAACUGGUCAAUACCAAUACACCUUCCCAUUCACACAGCGGUCAUAUGCCUGGAGCUGGUCAAUACCAAUACACCUUCCCAUUCACACAGAGGUCAUAUACCUGGAGCUGGUCAAUACCAAUACACCUUCCCAUUCACACAGCGGUCAUAUGCCUGGAGCUGGUCAAUACCAAUACACCUUCCCAUUCACACAGCGGUCAUAUGCCUGGAGUGGUCAAUACCAAUACAGCUUCCCAUUCACACAGAGGUCAAAGAUAAGGUCUCGUGUCAUACCUGAGAAAUGUAGUCUGAUUUACAGAGAGACAGGCCCAUGGCCAACCAUACUUUACUGCUGUCUAUAGCUCUAAGAAAAGUAGAACAAGAUCUCCCCCUGUUGGUGUUGAGGAGUACCUACACCAUUGAGCUGUAAGACUGAAACACAGUCAUCAUGCUCCGUGUCCCUCCUCUCUCUCUCUUUUCUGUGCAGGUAACUUUGAGGCAUUUAUGCAAAAGGAGAUCUUUGAGCAGCCAGAGUCUGUCUUCAACACAAUGAGGGGGCGGAUCUGUUUUGACACCAACAAAGGUAGCUUACCAUUGUGAUGUCAUAUUCUGAUUGAUGUCACUCCAUGUUGUUCCAGGAUGCUGAUGGUACGUUGCCAUAACCUCAAUCAAUAUUAGCACAGCAACUCACGGAGGCAAGCAUAGGUUAUUACCAGUUACUACAUGGAUGUAUAGAGUGAUUCCUCAGGAAACCCAGACAAAAAAAGACUAGUGUUAAAGUAUUGGCCCAUUUUAUACAGAGAAAUUGACAUAGUAGACAAUGUGACCAAUUACAGCCCUCCUUUUACUUGUAUCAUUGUACAUCCUGCAAAUCACCAGCAGAGGGCGACCAUUUUGAAUCCAUUUUCACAUUCACUCUGUUGGUAAUGCUUACAAAUUGAAUCAUAACUCUAAAAGUAGCAGAGAUCACACUCUGGAACUUUAAUAUGCUUGUUUCUCUCCUGGACUUAGUUUGUGUUGUCAAAGUAGUGUAACGUAAAGAAGUCCAUAGUUACCCCUCUUACCUCCUUGGACUAAAUAUGAAUCCUGAUGGUCUCUCCUCUCCUGUCCUGUCUUGUUCUCAGUGAUCCUGGGAGGGCUGAAGGACCACCUGAAGGAGAUCAAACGCUGCAGACGUCUCAUCGUGAUUGGCUGUGGAACGAGCUUCCACGCUGCUGUGGCUGUAAGUGAACCAACUAGAAGUGUGAUUGAGGAAGAGGAGGAGAAGGAAAAGAUGAUGAUGAUGAUGACCAUUGUGAUUAUGAUAAGGAUGAGUCUCCCUCUCUCUCUCUCUCUCUCUCUCUCUCUCUCUCUCCCUCUCUCCCUCUCUCUCUCUCUCUCCCCCUGCCUCCCUCUCCCCAGACCAGACAGAUUCUGGAGGAGCUGACAGAGCUUCCUGUCAUGGUGGAACUGGCUAGCGACUUCCUGGACCGCAACACGCCCGUCUUCAGAGACGACGUCUGCUUCUACAUCAGCCAAUCAGGUAAUUCCUCAGAGCGAUUAAUCUGCUAUACAUUUUUGUGUUGUUGGUGUUUCAUAAAACUCUCUAUCUGGUGGAGACUGGAUGUUCUAAUAGAGAGAAAUCUCUCUCUGGUGGAGACUGGAUGUUCUAAUAGAGAGAACUAUCUCUCUGGUGGAGACUGGAUGUUCUAAUGGAGAGAACUCUCUCUCUCUGGUGGAGACUGGAUGUUCUAAUAGAGAGAACUAUAUCUGGUGGAGACUGAAUGUUCUAAUAGAGAGAGAACUCUCUCUCUCUCGUGGAGACUGGAUGUUCUAAUAGAGAGAACUCUCUCUCUCUGGUGGAGACUGGAUGUUCUAAUAGAGAGAACUAUAUCUGGUGGAGACUGAAUGUUCUAAUAGAGAGAGAACUCUCUCUCUCUGGUGGAGACUGGAUGUUCUAAUAGAGAGAACUCUCUCUCUCUGGUGGAGACUGGAUGUUCUAAUAGAGAGAACUCUCUCUGGUGGAGACUGGAUGUUCUAAUAGAGAGAACUCUCUCUGGUGGAGAUUGGAUGUUCUAAUAGAGAGAACUCUCUCUCUGGUGGAGACUGAAUGUUCUAAUAGAGAGAGAACUCUCUCUCUGGUGGAGACUGGAUGUUCUAAUAGAGAGAAAUCUCUCUCUGGUGGAGACUGGAUGUUCUAAUGGAGAGAGAACUCUCUCUCUGGUGGAGACUGGAUGUUCUAAUAGAGAGAACUCUCUCUCUCUGGUGGAGGCUGGAUGUUCUAAUAGCGAGAACUAUCUCUCUGGUGGAGACUGAAUGUUCUAAUAGAGAGAACUCUCUCUCUGGUGGAGACUGAAUGUUCUAAUAGAAAGAACUCUCUGGUGGAGACUGGAUGUUCUAAUAGAGAGAGAACUCUCUCUGGUGGAGACUGAAUGUUCUAAUAGAGAGAGAACUCUCUCUCUCUGGUGGAGACUGGAUGUUCUAAUAGAGAGAACUCUCUCUCUGGUGGAGACUGAAUGUUCUAAUAGAGAGAGAACUAUCUCUCUGGUGGAGACUGAAUGUUCUAAUAGAGAGAACUCUCUCUGGUGGAGACUGGAUGUUCUAAUAGAGAGAGAACUCUCUCUCUGGUGGAGACUGGAUGUUCUAAUAGAGAGAGAACUCUCUCUCUGGUGGAGACUGGAUGUUCUAAUAGAGAGAAGGCUAGUAUGGAUAAUGUGGAUAAUCUGUUGAGUAAGGGAGAAUUCUAGUGUGUUUUGCUUGUAUGAAUGAUAACAUGCCUUGGUUAUCUCCCUCCUUCCCCCCUCAGGUGAGACAGCAGACACCCUGAUGGCUCUGAGGUACUGUAAGGAUAGAGGAGCUCUGACGGUGGGGGUCACCAACACAGUGGGCUCCUCCAUCUCCAGAGACACAGACUGCGGGGUGCACAUCAACGCCGGCCCAGAGAUCGGGGUGGCAAGCACCAAGGCCUACACCAGCCAGUUUGUGGCUCUCAUUAUGUUUGGUCUGAUGAUGAGUGAGGACAGGAUCUCCCUGCAGCCGAGGAGGCUGGAGAUCAUCAACGGACUCAGGAUACUCCCAGGUGAGUUCCUAUAUUAAAGCCAUAUACAUUGCUCAAAAAAAUAAAGGGAACACUAAAAUAACACAUCCUAGAUCUGAAUGAAUGAAAUAAUCUUAUUAAAUACUUUUUUCUUUACAUAGUUGAAUGUGCUGACAACAAAAUCACACAGAAAUUAUCAAUGGAAAUCAAAUGUAUCAACCCAAGGAGGUCUGGAUUUGGAGUCACACUCAAAAUUAAUGUGGAAAACCACACUACAGGCUGAUCCAACUUUGAUGUAAUGUCCUUAAAACAAGUCAAAAUGAGGCUCAGUAGUGUGUGUGGCCUCCACGUGCCUGUAUGACCUCCCUACAACGCCUGAGCAUGCUCCUGAUGAGGUGGCGGAUGGUCUCCUGAGGGAUCUCCUCCCAGACCUGGACUAAAGUAUCCGCCAACUCCUGGAAAGUCUGUGGUGCAACAUGGCGUUGGUGGAUGGAGCGAGACAUGAUGUCCCAGAUGUGCUCAAUUGGAUUCAGGUCUGGGGAACGGGCGGGCCAGUCCAUAGCAUCAAUGCCUUCCUCUUGCAGGAACUGCUGACACACUCCAGCCACAUGAGGUCUAGCAUUGUCUUGCAUUAGGAGGAACCCAGGGCCAACCGCACCAGCAUAUGGUCUCACAAGGGGUCUGAGGAUCUCAUCUCGGUACCUAAUGGCAGUCAGGCUACCUCUGGCGAGCACAUGGAGGGCUGUGCGGCCCCCAAAGAAAUGCCACCCCACACCAUGACUGACCCACCGCCAAACCGGUCAUGCUGGAGGAUGUUGCAGGCAGCAGAACGUUCUCCACGGCGUCUCCAGACUCUGUCACAUCUGUCACAUGUGCUCAGUGUGAACCUGCUUUCAUCUGUGAAGAGCACAGGGCGCCAGUGGCGAAUUUGCCAAUCUUGGUGUUCUCUGGCAAAUGCCAAACGUCCUGCACGGUGUUGGGCUGUAAGCACAACCCCCACCUGUGGACGUCGGGCCCUCAUACCACCCUCAUGGAGUCUGUUUCUGACCGUUUGAGCAGACACAUGCACAUUUGUGGCCUGGUGGAGGUCAUUUUGCAGGGCUCUGGCAGUGCUCCUCCUGCUCCUCCUUGCACAAAGGUGGAGGUAGCGGUCCUGCUGCUGGGUUGUUGCCCUCCUACGGCCUCCUCCACGUCUCCUGAUGUGCUGGCCUGUCUCCUGGUAGCGCCUCCAUGCUCUGGACACUACGCUGACAGACACAGCAAACCUUCUUGCCACAGCUCGCAUUGAUGUGCAAUCCUGGAUGAGCUGCACUACCUGAGCCACUUGUGUGGGUUGUAGACUCCGUCUCAUGCUACCACUAGAGUGAAAGCACCGCCGGCAUUCAAAAGUGACCAAAACAUCAGCCAGGAAGCAUAGGAACUGAGAAGUGGUCUGUGGUCACCACCUGCAGAACCACUCCUUUAUUGGGGGUGUCUUGCUAAUUGCCUAUAAUUUCCACCUGUUGUCUAUUCCAUUUGCACAACAGCAUGUGAAAUGUAUUGUCAAUCAGUGUUGCCUCCUAAGUGGACAGUUUGAUUUCACAGAAGUGUGAUUGACUUGGAGUUACAUUGUGUUGUUUAAGUGUUCCCUUUAUUUUUUUGAGCAGUGUAGAAUGACACAUUACACACCAUAAACCAGCUCACUGAAACAAAACUGCAGGUAUAACCAUCACACACUAUAACCAAUAGAGUACUACCAGGUGUUACAAAAUGGACUGAGUGAACAAAAUAGAUGAAUAAGAGUGAACCAAACCCUCUGUCCCCCUCUCCCUCCUCCUUUCUCUCUCUCUCUCCCUCGCACUCUCUCUCUCUCCACUUCCUCUCAGACAUGAUCAAGAAGGUUCUGACUCUGGAUAAGAAGAUCAAGUCAAUAGCAGAUGAGCUGUAUCAGCAGAAGUCUCUGCUGGUCAUGGGACGAGGCUUCAACUAUGCCACCUGUCUGGAGGGGGCGCUGGUGAGGACAGAUCUAGGAUCAGCUUACCCACCCCAAAUCCUGACCCUAAACCAUUAUAGGGAACAUGCUAAACUGACCUUAAAUCAGUUUCUAGGGGCAAUGUUUUGCUUUUUCUCCUAUUUUUCAGUCCUUUAUAUAUCAUUAAACAUAUCUCUCUAUGUAUUCACGUUCUGGUUUAUCUAUAUGAAUUAUAGACUGUUGAUUAUGUUAUAUAACUGAUUGAUUCUUCCCAAACAGAAAAUCAAGGAAAUCACGUACAUGCAUUCAGAGGGCAUCCUGGCUGGGGAGCUGAAGCACGGCCCCCUGGCUCUGAUUGAUAAGCACAUGCCGGUCAUCAUGAUCAUCAUGAGAGACGCCUGCUACACCAAGUGUCAGAACGCACUGCAGCAAGUCACAGCCAGAUCGGUAUGUCACAUUCUUCACUCACAUAGACACAACUAAAUACCCACCUCAUAUACACACCCACAUCUAAACUGGCUCACGCACAGUACACAGACAAAAAGAAUAAUACACAGCCUCACUAUGAAAAGCUUUGAAUAAUGUAUGAAAAUGAAUUGAUCGAUUUACUUCUGUAAACCACUCUUUCUUUCUCUCCUUCCCGUUCAGGGGCGGCCGAUUAUCCUGUGUUGCCAGGACGACCCGGAGGUGUCUAAGAAUGCGUAUAAGACCAUCGAGCUGCCUCACACGGUGGACUGUCUCCAGGGCAUCCUCAGUGUCAUCCCACUGCAGCUCCUGUCUUUCCACCUGGCCGUGCUACGAGGAUACGACGUGAGUCUACCACUACCUUAUCUUACUGCUCUUUCCUUAUGGACUUCUACUGUACCUUGCAUUUUAUUCCCUACUAUUGACUAUUUUAUUUUUUCAAUUUCAUUACAACAAGUAUCAAAAUCAACAGUUACAAGUGCACACCAAAUCAACUACCCAUACACCAGUGGCGGUCGGUGCCGUUUAAGAUGAGGGAGGACGUUUAUUUUUUUAAUGAGCAUGGCUUUAUUUCUAUUACAGCAUAUUGGAUGACUGUCAUUCAUAUUCCAUUCACCCAGCUCAAUGUAAUAUCGAUAGGUUUAGGCUACUACAUGAAUUCUCCCUAUACCCAUCAUGAGGUUGCUACAACCUAGCCUAUGAAUGAAAGUUGACAAUGUAGGUGCACAGGUCGAGAGAAAUUUGAGUAAUCAAGGUGACAGACAGUGACACAUUCAAAACCGCCUUGCACACACUUGCCUGCAUCUAGCUGAUCUAGGGUGUAAUCAAUUAGUCCAACAGUUGCAAACAAGAGUUUCUAUUGGACAAAUUAUGUAUGUUUAUCCCCGUUUCAUUCCGUUUGCUUCUGUUUAAGAAACGUUUUUCAACAUGAUCGGCGGAAUGAAUACACCCCUGAUCACACACAAACACAGUUCACUUUCAUAGCAGCCACAUACAAACAGCAUGAGCCCUUUGAUGGUUGGAUAAUUACAUCUACGCGCUCUCCUCCUCUCACCUUUCCCCUUCGCUUGUGGACUUCAGUGCACAACACAUCAGCUGUCUGUGACCAGGCGAAAAACCUUUCCAAGCCAAACCUUCAUAUCAUAACCGCUAACCGCUACACACAGCCUACAUCUUUGUCACCAUAUUAGCUAACGUCAAGUCAAUAUAGCUACUAGAACUAACACAUUAGUAAACCCGCUACAAUCAUGCAGUACAGUGUACAGUAAGCAAGCAGUUUAGCAGAUACACCGGCGGGCCCCAGUGGUAAUAAAUUCAUACAAAUAAAGGCUUACCUUGACUUGGAAGAGUUACAGUGUUGGAUAGCCAUAGCCAGCUAGCUAACAUAGCAUCCCUUCUCUGUUUGAGUAGGCUAAACUAGCUAGCCUCAUUCAGUAGCUAAGGUGAAAGUGAAAAAAAUAUUAAAUAUAGCUCUCGUUCUCUUGCUUCUCCUUCAUUUUUAAAUAACUGCAUUUGUUCAAAACGGUUCAACUGUUGUCUUUCUCUCUCUUUGAGUCAUCUACUCACCAUAUUGUAUAAACUGCAGUGCUAGCUAGCUGUAGCUUAUGCUUUCAGUACUAGACUCAUUUUCUUGUCCUUUGAUUGGGUGGACAACAUGUCAGUUCAUGCUGCAAGAGGAUGCCCUGCGGAAGUUGUCAUAAUUACUGUAUAAGUCUAUGGAAGGUGGUGAGAACCAUGAGCAUCCUAGGUUUUGUAUUGAAGUCAAUGUACCCAGAGGAGGACAGAAGCUAGCUGUCCUCCGGCUACACUAUGGUGCUACCCUACAGAGUGCUGUUGAGGCUACUGUAGACCUUCAUUGCAAAACAGUGUGUUUUAAUCAAUUAUUUGGUGCGUGAAUAUAACUUUUGUAAUGUAUUUUUAUAAGGAGCCUACACUGCCAUACACCUAUGCUGUAUGUGUAUCUAGUCUUGUCUCCUUUACUCAUCAGUAUUGGUCUUGUUUAAUGGCUGACUCUCUCUCCUCUGGUUGCAGGUGGACUGUCCCAGGAACCUGGCCAAGUCUGUCACUGUGGAGUAAAGACAGACAGACAGGAGGCAGUAGAGACCAUAACACUGCUCUGCCUUUGCUCAAGAGAGAUACUGAGUGGAGGCUUACACAUCAAUGUGCAAUUGUGUGUGUGUGUGUGUGUGUGUGUGUGUGUGUGUGUGUGUGUG